UAUCACUUUGUUAAAGUGGCAAUCACUGCAUUCAUAUAAUGGCUUCGAUGACUAAGUUUGUAGUUUUCUUUGUUGGGCUAUUUCUUGUUAUAGACGCUAAGGAAGUUGACGUGUGCAAAGACCAGCAUCCUACAAAAGACGACUUCGAACUACCGAAGCUUGCCGGUAGAUGGCAUGUGUUCGUAUAUCCCUACACGUUUGAAAAUGUAAACUCAGAGAGAUGUUACAAAUAUCAUAUGACGGUAGUAGGCGACGAUGUUCACUUCACAAUAAGCUAUCUAAGGAAAAAUGAAACAUCAGAGGAAAGACGUACUCUCGAAGGUAAAUUGAGCAGCGAUCCUGAUAGUCCUGGAACAGUACGAUCCACGAUGCCUGCUGUGGGACGGGACGAUACCUUUCACGUUGUCGAUGCAAAGUAUGAUGAUUAUGUAAUUUCUCAUGUCUGUAAUAAUUCUCCAUUUAACAAAUCUGCACUGGUUUCGGUUAUAACGAGGGACGAUCAACUCAGUGAUGCUAAAAAGAAGAGUUUGCUGCAGAAGCUGAAGUCAUUACAGUUUGAUACAGAACGUUUGAAAUUCGACACCAAAGAAAAUUGUUAACAUUGCUUUGCAUUGGAUAUAAAAAUUGAGAUUAUUCAUUAAAUAUGAAGUGUUGAAA